GGCGGGGUGCGGAAGCGGUGGCGUGGUGGGCGCAGUGCCGGUCUGCGGCGCUGGUGCCGGGUAAGGGGUGCGGGCUGCGGGGUGCAGAUGCGGAAGUUGCUUCGCUUCUUGCCGGCUUCGGAGGAAUGACGCGCUUCGCUCUGACCUUGGUCCGGCAUGGAGAAACAAGACUUAACAAGGAGAAGAUACUUCAAGGACAAGGAAUAGAUGAGCCUCUUUCAGAAACUGGAUUUAAGCAGGCAGCUGCUGCUGGUGUAUUUCUUAAUAACGUGAAAUUUACUCACGUUUUCUCCAGUGACCUCACGAGGACAAAGCAGACUGUGCAUGGGAUUUUGGAGAAGAACAAAUUCUGCAAAGAUCUGACAGUAAAAUAUGACUCCAGACUUCGAGAAAGGAAAUACGGGGUUGCGGAAGGCAAGCCUCUCAGUGAGCUAAGGGCCAUGGCCAAAGCCGCUGGGGAGGAGGGGGCCAUGUUCACACCGCCGGGAGGAGAGACCUUGGACCAGGUGAAAAUGCGUGAAGACUUUUUUGAAUUUCUUUGCCAGCUGAUCCUGAAAGAAGCAGGUCAAAAUGAACAGUGUUCCCAAGAAGCUCCAAGCAACUGUCUGGAAGCGUCUUUGGCAGAGAUCUUUCCUUUAGGGAAAAACUGUGCCUCCACGUUUAAUUCAGACGGCGCCGCUCUAGGCUUAGCGGCCAGUGUCUUAGUCGUGAGUCACGGCGCCUACAUGAGAAACCUGUUGGGCUAUUUUCUGACCGACCUCAAGUGCUCCUUGCCAGCGACUCUGAGUCGGUCCGAACUCACAUCCGUCAGCCCCAAUACAGGGAUGAGUGUCUUCAUCGUAAACUGCGAGAAAGGAGAAGGGAAACCAACCGCCCAGUGUGUGUGUGCGCAUCUACAGGAUCAUCUGACCCGGGCGACCGCAACUCACUAACCUUAAAUCUGCAUCAAAACCUAAAACUUGUGGAGCGUCUGAGGGACUGCCUUGGACUUUGUUUCCUUCCUCUGCAUCUCUGGAUUGUAAAGGGAUCAAGGGACUCAGUACUGCAACUUGGGGGAUUAAUAACCCCAUUACUAUGCUGUCUUUCCUUUUUUUUUUUUUUUGGCUUUUUUAGGGCCACCCCUGUGGCAUAUGGAAGUUCCCAGGCUAGGGGUCAC